AAUAUAAAGGACAGCUUUGGUCGGUCUUCCAGCAACAGAUGGACAUCUCUGUUGUUGAGAAGGGAGAUCGGUGGAUGCAGAGAUUAAGGAGUUAGGCAUCACAGGAGAAAACCAGAAGUAGCAGUCACUAAUCAGGAUGCACCCUGGUCCGAUCUUAAGCAUUUCUGUGGAAGUGUGGAUAAUGGAAUUACAGGCCAAUAAACUCUGUGGCUGCCAAAUAACCUUACAUGUGAUCAAGCAAGCUAAAAUACCUCUUGUUCUGCUCUUUCAUGCCAAUAACUUCACCGUCACACAGAUCGGUGCACACUGUUCGAUAAUGGAUAAAAAUCCUUUAAAACUUAAAUUACUCAUAGCAAUUUGGGAAGCUGAACUCAGUGUUACUACAAAUGACUAAUGAAAAUCUCAGCUCAACUUUCUGCUGUGGUUUGUGACAAAAUAUCAAAAUUGUUACAAAAGGAUGCAGAGCAGGAAUCCCAAAUGAGAGCUGAAAUUCAGAACAUGAAGCAAGAACUCUCAACUAUUAGUAUGAUGGAUGAGUUUGCUAGAUACGCCCGUCUGGAAAGAAAGAUUAACAAAAUGACUGACAAGCUUAAAACUCAUGUGAAAGCACGAACUGCCCAAUUAGCCAAAAUAAAGUGGGUCAUAAAUAUUGUAUUCUACAUCUUACAAGCUGCCUUGAUGAUCUCACUGAUUUGGAAGUACUAUUCUGAGCCAGUUACAGUGCUUCCAAGCAAAUGGCUUGCUCCGUUGGAGCGCCUGGUAGCCUUUCCUACGGGGGUGGCAGGUGGUGUUGGAAUUACAUGUUGGCUUGUGGUUUGCAAUAAAGUUGUAGCUAUCAUGCUACAUCCUUUCAGCUGAAGGAAUCCCAGUAAUCCCUGGAGUCCUCAACUACAUUUUCAUGAUCACUGUUUUAAAUUAAUACAAAAAAAGAAGGAACAGUUGUCUUUCAUGACACUAGGUCUGAGAUAAUCUUUGCUAUUUCAUUUGUGUAUAGCCAGUAUUCCUUUUGAUUUAUUUUAUCUUUCCUUAGUCUGUUUUUCAGUCUGGUGGUCAGUUUUCAAAGAAUAGCAUCGCUGUUUGUAGAACCUCAUUUUGGGUCUAUUUCAACAAGUAUGAUUCAUGGCAAAAUUGUAGGACUUGUCAUGGCAUGUAUUCAUCAAAAUCUAAAAGUGUUGGAUUUGUGUUUUUAAAUUGGAAAUUCCCUGCCAUUAGGAACUAAUUUGGGAGCUUUGCUGUUUCUUUGCUGUAUAGUAAUGGUAGUUUCACCCAAAGGUGGGAUUACAUUUGAUGACAACUGGUACUAGAGGAUAUAGGUAGGUGGUUUGGUUGGCUUAGGGUAAACCAGAAUCUGUUUCCUCUGUAUUAUUUUUUACACUAGCAUUGGUGUAUUCUUGGGCUGUCUUAGAAAAUGUGUUAUUUAUAUAUAUGCAAAAUCAACUUUUUAUCUCCUUAACAGACUUUCUCCAUUGCCAAAUACAGUAUGUCUGGAUACUUCUUUCCCCCUGACUUUUAAAAUUGAUUGAACACUUGAAUUUUUUCUACUUUUAUUGAUAACUGUCCUUUCCUUCCUUGACAUUUUUUUCUGCUUCCCAGACUGAGUAAGGAUCACUGAAACUAUUUCCUUUCAUGUUUUGGGAGGAAAGGUUGUUAAUAAAGAGAAGGUAAAUGACAGUGCUGUUCCUUCAGAGGACUGCAUUUUAAGGGCAUUUAGCAUACAUUAAUGACAGUCCAGGAGAACCUGAAACAGCUGUGAUACUGUAAAAAGUCAAAUUAGUGAUUUAAAUGUCUAAAGUAGUAACAGUGGUAGCAGGCAGGAGGAGGAGGGAAGACAAUUUUUCAUUUUGGAGUAAAUGCUUCUUGCUGUGUUUAGGUCCAGGAAACAGCCACAGUAUUUUCAAAUUAAAGGAGGACAGAAUUCUUCCUAGUACUGUGCCUGUAGAACACUGACAAAAUUCCAUUAUCUUCCACACUGCAGUAAUUUGCAACCCCAUUAUUGCUGCACCACAAGACAGAUGGGUGGGUUUAUAAAGUUCUUGUUACACUUUUUUUUUCUUUUUUUUGACACAGCUCUAGGGGACACCUUCCCCGCUCGUGCUGGGCUUUGGUGAUUCUGGUUCAGCUUCCCACUCUGUACAGUGGAAUGCAUCUGUUAUUUCAGGUCCUUUGCCUUCCUGCAGGAUGGAAGGGUCUAGGGCCCCUCCGUAAUUAGCACUGCUUUUAGAAAUCAGUUCAAAAGUUCAUGACACAUUGUGUGUAUAUAUGCAUGAAAAUGUGGGCUGGGUUUUUUUAACAUUAAUUU